AUGGGAAAGCUAAGCCCCGUGGGGCCGAAGCUGGGACACUGCUACGGUCCGCAGAAGGAGGCCGCGCGACCGCAGCUGCUCUCCCCAGGCGCUUAUCAGGCCUCGUCGCCGCUCCCCUCGUUGCUCCGCUGCCACGUCAGUCACGCUUCUUCCGCCCUUCCCAUCCCGCCGCGGACCACGACAGCAACGGGGGCGGCCAAUGAGGGCGAUCCACGUGGCAGCGGGCGCAAGAAACUGCGCCCCUGUCUCUCCGCCCCGCCCCUGUACAUAUCCUCCUUCUUCUACAAGAACGUCGUUGCGCCUCUGCGCUCCGCCCGCUCCCCCUCCGCCCACUCUCCCCCCGCCCGCCCUCCCGGUUCCCCGCACUCCCCCGGACCACCGACUUUCCGCCGCGCCUCCUCCGCCUGCUCCGCUUUUUCCGCCAACCGCAAGGCGGGAAAUUCUUCGCUGCCGAGCUCGCGCCUGCCCCCCCUACUCCCUGCCUCCCCGCGACAUCCUUCCCCCUCUUCCCCGCCCUCAUCCCCCUUCCUUUCCCGCUCCCCCUCCUUCCUCCCCAGAUCCUCGUCUCUCUCCUCCGCUUCUUCCUGCCCCUCCCCCCACUCCCUCUCCUCCCCUUCCUCUCUCCCCCCGUCCCCCGCGCUCACAUCUCCGCUCUCUACCCGUCCGCGGACGUUGUCCGGCAAGACGGCCGGCGGAACAACCGGCGCCGGCAAAGUGGAAGCUCGCGCCCUUCGCUCAGGACUCCCGGCGGCUAGCCGGCGGUCGCGACGGCAGCCGGCUGACGACGAGGAAGAAUAUUUUUAUUUUCUGCCCGAUAUUGAGGACGAUUGGGAGGAAGAGGAGGCGGUUCAGAGACACCGGCGGGAGGGGCAGCGGUGGCGGGGGGAUAUCGGCGGAGAGGCGCAGGGGAAGCGCGCGGACGCGGAGCGCGGGGAGCUGGGGGGAAGCCCCGGGCAGGUGGCGCAGUGGAGUGUGAAGGCGUUGAGAGCGGUGAAGGACAACAUGGCGCUGUCUCUGCCGCCUGAGUCGCUCAUUCUCGUGGUGUCGUGCCUUGUGGGCGUGCUGACUGGCUCGUCCGUGGUGCUAUUUAACGAUACGGUGCACAUCAUCAGAGACACGCUCUUUCAAAACGUGCCUCACGAGGAGGGCUCCGCGUGGCUGAGGGACCAACCAGUGGGCGACGUGUGGCACCUCUUCCUGGUUCCUCUGGCCGGCGGCAUAGCCGUUGGUAUCCUCAACUCCCUCAGGUCUGGGCUUAAGGAUACUGCCCCCACCCGCACGCAGCAGCAGCAGCAGCGCCAGCAGCAGCAGCAGCAGCAGCAGCGCCAGCAGCAGCAGCAGCAGCAGCGCCAGCAGCAGCAGCAGCAGGAGGGGGAAAGAACGGAGAAGCAGGAUGGGAAGGAUCAGACAAAGUUUCCCAAGCAGCCAGCCUUCUCCCUGCCGUUUCUCACCCCGGAUGACGUUUCCGAGCUUAACCGCAAGUCUCGGGCCGUGGCUCGGCCGGUCCUGAAAGCCCUGGCAGCAGCGGUCACGCUCGGCACGGGGAACAGCCUCGGUCCGGAAGGCCCGAGCGUGGAAAUCGGGUCCAGCAUCGGGAAGGCCACAGGGAGCAUCGUCCGGGGAAGCCGCGAGCGCACGAUCGCACUCGUAGCAGCAGGAUCCGCCGCGGGUAUAGCAUCGGGGUUCAACGCUGCAGUUGCCGGGUGUUUCUUUGCUCUGGAAUCCGUUCUUCGGUCGUCCACGCAAGGCUCCCCUGCUAGCCUCACCACGGCCAUGAUCCUUCUGUCUUCCGUUCUUGCUGCGGUGGUUUCCCAGGCUGGCUUGGGCGCAGACCCAUCCAUCCAUGUGCCCUUAUACGAGCUCCGAUCGCCGGCGGAGCUGCCGCUGUAUCUCCUCCUGGGGUUGUGCUGUGGGGGAGUGUCGAUCUCGCUCACGCGCUCAGCGGCGUUCUUCUCGUCGAUGUUUGACGGGUUGGAGGCGAACACAGCUGUGCCGCCCGUGCUGCUGCCGGCGAUCGGAGGGCUGGGGAUUGGGGUGAUCUCCCUGGUGUAUCCCGAGGUGCUCUAUUGGGGGUUUCAAAACGUGAAUGACCUCAUCACGUCACACCCACUCGUGGCUUCGCCUGCGCCGGGGUUCCUGCUGCAGCUAGUGGUAGUCAAGGUCCUCGCCACGGCCUUCUGUCGCGGGUCGCGCCUCGUGGGUGGCUUCUACGCGCCCUCGCUCUUCAUCGGGGCGGCGCUCGGGGCGGCAUACGGGCGGCUGGCCAGUGACGUGCUGGCGUUCAUUGACCCGGAUCUCACCCUCACGUGGAUCCAAGUGGCUGCUCCCCAGGCCUAUGCUAUGGUGGGAAUGGCAGCUACCCUGGCAGGAGUGUGCCAAGUACCCCUGACAUCCGUCCUCCUGCUCUUCGAGCUCACACGUGACUACCGCAUCAUUCUCCCGCUCAUGGCAGCAGUCGGCAUCUCCUCCUGGCUCGCCUCCACUGCCGCCCGAAAGCCUCGCCGCCCCCAACCGGGCGGCGUCACCGUCUUUGCUCCCUCCAACUCCCCCUCCUCCUCCUCCUCUUCAUUCCCUUCCUCCCCUCCUUACUCCUCUUCCUCCCCUUCCUCAUCCUCCUCCUCCUCCUACCCAUAUCCGACUUCGUAUUAUCCCAGUCCUCUCUCCCUGUCGCUCGUGCCGGUUCUACCCCCGUCGCCCGUGCCCCCCUCGCCACUGCUCUAUUCUGGGGCAGGCUCCUAUGCUCCUGGUCCUCCUGCUGCUGAAGCUGCUCCUGACGCUGCUGCUGCUGCUGCUACUGCUGCUGCCACUCGUCCUCCCUACUUGGCUUCUCAGGCCCCUGCUGCUCCCCUUCCUUCAUACGCGCCGUCUCAGUUCCCUGGCCCUUAUCCUGGGGCGCUCUUUACGGGGGAUGUUUAUUCUGGGUCAGGGUCUUGGGUGGGUGGAGGGGGAGGAGGGGAGGGGAUGAGAAGGGAGGCUAGAGGAGAGGAGGUAGGAGGGAGAGAACGGGAUGGUGGUGGAGCUGGUGAGGGUGGUGGAGUGAAGGGGGCUGAAGAUACCAACAAAACUCCACCUGCAACUGCUGCCUCUACUGCUGCUGCGGCAGCGGCGGCAGCGGCAGCAUCUUUUUCUUCUCCCCAGGGGUACACAGCACCUCCUGGUUCUGCUGCGUAUGGUCCACCUACUUCUGGUCUGGUUUCUGGCCCUUACGCUGCAUCCAACUCUUCUGCCUACGAAUCACCACCCAUCUCCUCUGCACACUCCUCCUCCCCUUUCGCCUCGCCCUCCUCCUCCCCUCCCUCCUCUCCUAAACGUGCUACCCUCUCCAGAACCCCUUCCUCUGGACCCAAGGUUGCAAGUGCAGCAGCCGCUGCUGCAACAGCAGCUGCAGCGGCGGCAACUGCAGCGGCAGCAGCAGCGGCAGCAGCAUCCAGUGCACAGGAGAAGGCGUAUGAUAAUCCCGAGGCUUCGGCGUUCAUGCCGGAGCUAGAUCUAGCUGCGGAAGUCGCUGCCGAAGCUGCAGGCGUGGCCGCCGAAGCUGCGGCGACUGCUGCCGAAGCUGCCGUGGAAGCAGCAGCGGAAGCAGCCGAAGCUGAUAACGUUGCUCUUGCCACAACAGAUGGUGAUUCCGCCCUUGCUCCCGCUACUCCUCCUGCUCCUUCUGCUCCUCCUGCCAAUCCGCUCGUGCCAGCUGUCAUACUAGACGUGGCAGGUGGGUCGGGAGGAGGAGUUUCCCCAGGUGGUUUCUCAGGUGGUUCAGCAGCAGCCAUGGCGGAGUCAAACGCGACUGUGAUUGUACUGGAAAGAGCAAGUGGUCUUGUGCCAGACCCUCUACCCUCUCCUUCCCUUCCUCCUCCUGCAACCUCCUCUCCCAUGUCAGUAAACAGUCAAGGGACAGAAGCCAAGGCAGCUCAGGCUGACGCGGCUGCAGCAGAAGUGGCAGCGGCAGCAGCGGUGGCGGCAGCGGCAGCAGUUUCGGUGGUGGUGGAUGCAGUUUCCGCAGUUUCGGGGUCACCAGAAGCAACAGCAGCUGCAGCAGCAGCAGCAGUAGCCGCAGCAGCAGUGAGCGGUGUGACAGGAAUCGCGCCUGCUAAAGGAGCAGGUGAUAGUUCAACAGAAGCAGGAUCCACUGAAGUGGGUGCUAGCUCUAUUCAAAGGCAAGAAGAAGCUGCAGCGGCAGCGGCAGCAGCUGAAUCGCAAUCAGAAUUUACAUCAGAGGGCCCAGAGGGAAGCAACAACGGGCUCUCACAAGAGACCCCAUCUGCUGGUUUCUCCUCUCCUUCUCCCGACCUCCCAACCGCAGACCUCCCUCCUCUUCGAAUCCCUUCCCCCAUCAACCCCCAGUCCGGCUUAAUGGCUCCGUCCCAACCCAGCUCUCCUCCUCCUUCUGCUCCACCCUCCUCCCCAUCGUUUGCACCCUUCCCCCCGCCGCCUCCCCUUGUUGUCGUCUCGCGCGACGACGGCGUGUCUCUGGACGUGCGCGACGGAGUGUUCUUAGAGGAGCAGCUUUUAGAGGAGCUUCCGGUGGCAGUGGCAAUGAACACAUCCUUCGCAGCAGUGGGGGUACGAGCCAUGGUGCGGGAUGCUGUGGCUUCUAUGGUGGCGCACAGGCAGUGGUGCUGCUUGGUGCUGCAGGAUGGGGGGUACCUGCAUGGGCUGCUGACGCUGGUGGAUGUUCAGGAGGAGGCGGAGAGACAGCUUUCGGCUGGGGGUGCUGCUGCUGACGUGGAGGCUCUUCCUGUCAUUGCCAUCUGUCACCAGCAUCCUGAUUCCGAAGCUUUCCUCCGCUUGCCUUCAGAAUCAAAUCUUUCUCCAGAUGCCAACAGCAACCCUUCGUCCUCUAACUCGUCUGGCAUUGCCGCCCGGAGCCGGCCGUCUGAGGCCAUCGAGGUGACUUUCCCGGAUACCACUCUGCGGGCGGCGCGCGACCGAAUGACGGCUCGCGGGCUUAGGCAGCUUCCCGUGGUGCUGCGAGAGGAAAUGGUGGUGACGAGAGAGAGGGUGGGCGGCGAUGUCUCAGGGAGUGGCAGCAGCAGUGGGAGUGAGAGCGAGAGGGGAAGUGGUGGUUACAGUAGCAGCAGUGGUGGGAGUGGAAGUGAGAGUGAGCGUGGGAGCGGGAGUGAGAGUGAGAGGGAAUACCGAAGAGGAAAUAAUGGAUGGGGAAGUGGAGGGGGGAGCAGCGGGAGUGAGAGAGAGGAGGAUGAUAGCACGGAUGGGGAGAGUGGUUCGGAUGGCGAUGACAUCAGCAACAAUGAUGAUGACAUGGCACCUGUAGUGCGUCUUCGGGUGCUGGGGUUGGUGGAUCGAGACGACAUAUCGCUUGCUUGCAGGGCGGAGGCCACUCGCCGCCUUCUCUCAGCCCUCCCUCGGGAUUUCCGUUCCUCUGGUGGUGGAGGCAGUGGGAGUGCAGGCAUGCAGCAGACACAGCUGGACAGCUCUCUCUUCCCAGCUGCAUGA